CUUCGCCCGAGCUUCCCCAAGAGCUGCUGCCAACUCUACCCUCCUCCCUCUAUCUCCUACAUCCCAAUCUCGCGUUUCUCUCCCAUUCUUCCCUACCUUACCUCCAUCCCACUAAUUGUCAUUACAUCUCCCACAUAAUCCAACAUGUUCAUUGCCCGCUCAGAAUACGACCGUGGUAUCAACACCUUCUCUCCGGAGGGGCGUUUGUUCCAGGUCGAAUACUCUCUCGAAGCUAUCAAGCUGGGCUCAACAGCGAUCGGUGUCGCCACCUCCGAAGGUGUUAUCCUAGGUGUCGAGAAGCGUGUCACCUCCAGCCUCCUCGAGGCCUCCUCCGUCGAGAAGAUCGUUGAGAUCGACCAACACAUUGGCUGUGCCAUGUCCGGUCUGCAGGCAGAUGCCCGGUCCCUGGUCGAGCACGCCCGUGUCGAAUGCCAGAACCAUGCCUUCCACUACGCCGAGCCGUUGAGAGUUGAGAGCUGCACCCAGGCCAUCUGUGACCUGGCCCUGCGAUUCGGAGAGACGGGAGAUGACGAGGAGAGCGUCAUGAGUCGGCCUUUCGGUGUCGCCUUGCUGCUUGCUGGUAUUGAUGAGGAUGGUCCGCAACUAUACCACGCGGAGCCGUCCGGAACGUUCUACCGAUAUGAUGCGAAGGCUAUCGGGUCCGGAAGCGAGGGUGCGCAGGCGGAGCUGCAGAAUGAAUACCAUCGUUCCUUGACGCUGGGUGAGGCAGAGACUCUGGUUCUCAAGACGCUGAAGCAGGUCAUGGAGGAGAAGCUGGACGCGAAGAAUGUCCAGCUCGCUAGUGUGACUAAGGAGAAGGGCUUCCGUAUUUACGACGAUGAGGAGAUGGGUCGGGCUGUUGCGCAGCUGGGCAGCAACCAAUAAGGGAGGAGGGCCUCUAAGCAUGAAGAUAUAAUGGGCCAACGAGUAUAUCAGCAAUAGUUCGUCCUGUCCGGACUCGUAAUUGUCUUGGUAUCCAUAGAAAAGAACAACGACCUCGUCUAAUGACUUUGAAU